GUUAUUCAAUUGAACUCGCUCGAGAAGUCCUUCGACUGAACGCUCGCACAGCUUCCCAGUGCGCCAGUUUAUUUGUUACACUUUCGUACAAACUUAUAUUACCAUCCAAGAUGAAGGUGCUGUUCCUCUGCGGACUCGUCCUUGCUGGAGCUCUGCUUGCUGAUGCUGGCGGCCAGGAAUUGUGCGCGUUGAGCCAGGAGCAAAUCAAGAAAGUUUUGACGUGCAUGGGAGACCACGUCCACUCGGAGCUCAAGGGCAAGGCCAAGGAGAUCAUCCACAGCCAGGGUGACAACCUGGCUCAACUUGUCAAGAGGCAGUGCGAGGCUGAAGUCGACUUCCUUGAGCUGCUGAAGACCGCGUUCUCCGAAGAGGAAGCGCAGGCUAUCAAGAAGGCAUACAGUGAAUGCAAGCCGGCUGGCCAUUGAAGUGUUUUAGAAUACCAGUGAUAUACACGAUGGACCUCCCGGAAGCCAAAAGCAACCACUUUUUUAGGAUGCUAGAGUACAUGCCAAAAUAAAGGCCGAAGUGAGUGGA